AUGCCCAUGAAGCGCAGGCGGAGCAGCGUCGCCGAGCCACUACUCGAACCCGCGACUCGAUCGGCCCCGACAAAGAAGCCCCGGCUCGGCGCUCAGGGCCACAGCGCACCAUCCCACCGCGACCUCCUCUCGCCGCUGUCCGACGAGCUUCUGGUCCGCAUCCUGACCAACCUGUCGCUGCCGCACCUGUUGAACGUUGCGCCCGUGUCCAAGCGCUUCCACCGGCUGUCCGAGGACUCGCAGAUAUGGAAGCGCCUGUACUAUGCGCGCUUUGUCCUGCCGCGAGCGCUGCGCAUCCCCGGGUUCCGCGAUGGGUCGGCGCGCGAGGGCAAGCUGCAUUAUUCGUCGCGGCGCGCGGUGUGGGCAGACGGCCGAAGGGGCGGCUGGGUGGACAUGCGCAGCGAGGGCACCGGAACACAAGAAUCGAGGGACUGGAAAAGACAAUACAAGCUCCGACACAACUGGUCCAAAGGGAAAUGCGCCGUCGAAGAGCUAAGAGUCGGCGAGGAUAUCGAAGCGGCGACAGAGGCCGAGCUCCAUGACACGCCAAAAAUGCUGGUCAAGAUUAGCGAAGGUAUUGCCAUCACCGCUGAUGCGACCAGCGGGCUGCGGGCCUGGGAUCUGAAGACGAAACAGCUGGUAGCGCAUAUAGGUCUCAUGGAUACAGAGUCGGAUGCGCCACCAAGCUGUCUCGCUCUAGAUGACCAAAAUAUUUCUCAGCACAAUAUUGAUAUAGUAGUCGGCUUCCAAGAUGGAAGCUUUGGAGUAUGGAAGCUUGAUGUCGGGGAUCACAAGCUUCUACGACGUUAUCGUCACGAAAAGUCGACGAAUGGAGCGCUGGCGGGUGCCGCGUUCUCCUACCCAUAUUUGUUGACAGCCACGGAAUCCGUCUUGAUUUCACUAUACACCUUUGAUAGGCCAUCCACAGGUAUAAAUCGUCACGCCAGAGGCGAUGCCGAGAGCGAAACCGAGAGAGGGUCCGACAGCGAAACUGCCUACGAAUCUGUUCCCAGUGCAGAAAAAGAGCCGACCAAGCAAGAACCGUCUACUGGUGAGAAGCUGUCGGCGCGGUCAAAUCGCCUCCCUCCUCCUUACUUAUUAACCUCACUCAAAUCUCAUACUUCACGCGCUCCUCUGGCAUUAUCGAUACGGAAGACAGCUAGCAGCACGGUAGCGUCCAUAGCAUAUACCUUUUCCACGUUGCAGGGAUGGUCGCUGGGCAUACAGGACCUACAUCUGCGCCCUUCCGUCUCAACCUCCAAGACGAGUACGGACGUCACAAUGACUCGGCUGGCGUACACAAUGCCCCUAAAGACGGGUUCAUCACACGGUCCCUCUGAACAAGCUACCCCAAUUCGGCCAAGGACGAGUGCGCAAAGCAGAGACGUGGAGACGGCUGAAGAUGGGCCCGUAAGCAUUUGCUAUACUCACCCCUACCUCCUUGCCACAUUGCCCGAUAAUACCUUGAUUUUAUACCUAUGCAAGUCCAACGCCUCGUCUCUCUCCAUAUCUCCGGGCAUCCGGCUCUGGGGCCACACGUCAGGCAUCAGCGACGCCGAGAUUACCGCGCGCGGCAAAGCAGUCAGUGUGAGCUGUCGCGGCGAGGAAAUUCGAGUAUGGGAGCUUGAAGGCCGGCCGGACGGGCGCAGUAUUGAAGUGAGACCUACCGUCCAUAGUGCGCCAGAGUCACGGGCGACGCAGUCCGCAUUCGACGAAAGGCGGAAUUGGGUAGGAUUUGAUGAUGAAAUGGUCAUUGUUCUGAAAGAAUCUAGGGGCACGGAGAGCCUCAUGGUCUACGACUUUACAUAA